AUGCAAGAGACGGAGGACUACCGCCGGAAAUUUCUCUCGCGGCGUCGUAAUCCGUCAACAAGAAGAAGUAGAAGAAAGAGAAAGGGAAAGGGUUGUUCAGGAAAAUUAGAGGAAGAGGCAGAGGAGGAGGAUUGGGGAUCGGAAUCUGAGGGAAAUUUCCGAUCGAGCGGUGAUCGGAGGGUGCCAGUUCGUGAAUCCGAGGUUUUAAGAGAGAACAAGUCUAUUUCUGGUGAGAGCGUGUAUCAGAAUUUUGAGGAUUCAAUCAUAAACAGGUCAAUUUCUGUGACGUUAUUGGAUCCGGAUGUGUUGGAUUGCCUGAUCUGCUUUGAACAUCUCUGUGUUCCUGUCUUUCAGGGUGUAAAAGUUACAGUUUUUGUUAAUCCAACAGUGGGGUUUGGGAGGAUAGAGUUUACGCAGACUUUAACCGUGCCUGGUGGAGGCGGAAAUGUGGAUCUGUUAAAGAGUUUAGUUGGGAGAAUUGCUGACAGUGGAAUGACUGUGCUUAUCCCAUCUCAUGUGUGUGGGAAUGGGCACAUAGCAUGUGCCCCUUUCUGCAUCAAGAUUGCUAAUAAGUGUCCAUCAUGUUGUUUGCCAAUUGGAUAUAACCGUUGUCAAGCUAUGGAGAAUGUUCUAGAAUCUCUGAAAGUGUCAGGCGUGAACAAUAGGAAUGGUUGCAAGGAGAUUCUGAAUCUUAGUACUUCAGCAAAGGUAUAUGCACAUUUUAGCGAGAAACAUGCAUCUUCAGCAGAGCACAUUUCUUUCAAUGCUGUCCAUCCAAUUUAUAUAGAAAAAGACCAAAGGUACAUAAUUCUUCAAAUGAGGACAGAUGUUAUACUUUUUAUCAUCAACCAUGCUAGUGACUGUGUUGGAAGUGUUAUCAAUAUCAUCCGCGUUGGACCAUUUAAGCAGAAGAGAAGGUUCUCAUACGAGCUUGUAGUAACUGAUGGGGAAAGCUCUUUUAAACUAGAAUCUGUUGAAGAGAGUGUGCCAAACUGGUCAGAAGAUAGUCCUUUGAAGAAAUUCCUUGUGGUCCCAAAAGUUGUCGUUAAUUCCAGUGCUCGGCUGAAGUUGAAUGUUCUCAUAGAAAACAAGGAAUGA